GGCAGUGGGGGCGAGGCUGGGCCAUGCCUGCGCUCGCGGCCUGAGCCUCUGAGCCCGCCGCCAGCAUGAAGGACAGCGGGGACCCCAAGGACCAGCAGCUGAUGGUGGCGCUCCGGGUCCGGCCCAUCAGCAUGGCGGAGCUGGAGGAAGGAGCCACCCUCAUUGCCCACAAAGUGGACGAGCAGAUGGUGCUUCUCAUGGACCCCAUGGAGGACCCGGAUGAUAUCCUGCGCGCUCACCGCUCACGGGAGAAGUCCUACCUGUUUGACAUGGCCUUCGACUUCACCGCCACGCAGGAGAUGGUGUACGAGGCCACCACCAAGAGCCUCAUCCAAGGUGUCAUCUCCGGCUACAACGCCACAGUCUUUGCCUACGGCCCCACAGGCUGCGGGAAAACCUAUACCAUGCUGGGCACCGACCACGACCCGGGCAUCUACAUACGGACCCUCAAUGACCUCUUCCGCGCCAUUGAAGACACGAGCGAUGACAUGGAGUACGAGGUGUCCAUGUCCUAUCUGGAGAUCUACAACGAGAUGAUCCGAGACCUGCUCAACCCCGCGCUGGGCUUCCUGGAGCUGCGGGAGGACUCCAAAGGGGUGGUCCAGGUGGCGGGGAUCACCGAGGUCUCCACCAUCAAUGCCAAAGAGAUCAUGCAGCUGCUGCUGCGGGGGAACCGGCAGCGCACGCAGGAGCCCACGGCCGCCAACCGCACGUCGUCGCGCUCCCACGCCGUGCUGCAGGUGGCCGUGCGCCAGCGCAGCCGCCUCCGCGACGUCCUGCAGGAGGUGCGGCUCGGCCGCCUCUUCAUGAUCGACCUGGCGGGCUCCGAGCGCGCGUCCCAGACGCAGAACCGCGGGCAGCGCAUGAAGGAGGGUGCCCACAUCAACCGCUCGCUGCUGGCGCUGGGGAACUGCAUCAAUGCGCUCAGCGACAAGGCCGCCCACAAGUACAUCAACUACCGCGACAGCAAGCUCACACGGCUGCUGAAGGACUCCCUGGGCGGGAACAGCCGCACGGUGAUGAUCGCCCACAUCAGCCCAGCCAGCAGUGCCUUCGAGGAGUCUCGGAACACACUGACCUACGCGGGCCGGGCCAAGAACAUCAGGACCCGGGUGAAGCAGAACCUGCUGAACGUGUCCUACCACAUCGCACAGUACACCAGCAUCAUUGCUGACCUGCGCGGGGAGGUCCAGAGGCUCAAGCGCAGGAUCGACGAGCAGGGCCGGAGGGGCCAGGCGCGGGGCCGGCCGGAGCGGGCCGACAUCUGCCACAUUCAGGCCGAAGUCCAGCUGCACAGCGGGCAGGGGGAGCAGGCAGAGAUGGGGCAGCUGCGGGAGCAGCUCAUCAGCGCGUUCCAGGAGCAGAUGGACGUGCGCAGGCGCCUGCUGGAGCUGGAGAACCACGCCAUGGAGGUGCAGAUCGACACAUCCCGCCACCUGCUCACCAUCGCUGGCUGGGAGCAUGAGAAGUCCCGGAGGGCCCUGAAGUGGCGGGAAGAGCAGCGGAAGGAAUCCUUCACCAAGGAUGACAGCGAAAAGGACUCAGACACGGGAGAUGACCAGCCGGACAUCCUGGAGCCGCCCGAGGUGGCCGCCGCCCGGGAGAGCAUCGCCACGCUGGUGGGCGAACAGAAGAAGCUGCGCAAACAGAAGCUGGCACUGGAGCAGCGCUGCCGGGAGCUGCGCGCGCGCGGCCGCCGCCUGGAGGAGACGCUGCCGCGGCGCAUCGGCUCAGAGGAGCAGCGCGAGGUGCUGAGCCUGCUGUGCCGCGUGCACGAGCUGGAGCUGGAGAACACGGAGAUGCAGUCGCACGCGCUCCUCCGCGACGGCGCGCUCCGCCACCGCCGCGACGCUGUGCGCCACCUGGAGAGGCACCGCAGCUUGUGCGACCACAUCAUCCAGGGCCAGCGGCAGGUCAUCGACGACUACAACCUGGCCGUGCCCCGGCGCCUGCAGCAGCUGUACGAGGUGUACCUGCGCGAGCUGGAGGAGGGCAGCCUGGAGCGGGCCACCAUCAUGGACCGCGUGGCCUCCGGGGCGCUGCAGGACAGCUUCUUGCCUAAAAUUAUCCCAGGAGGAAACACACUUACCCCGGAAUCGGACCCUGAGAGUGUCAAGAUGCCAAGCUCAGAAACCCAGCGCCCCCCGCAGGGCCUCCUGCCCCCCCUUAGCUCAGAAAGCGAAGCUGACCGCGUGUUCAAGGCCAGUCCUCGAGCCUGGCAGCUGAAGGGCCCCUCGGUGCCCACCCCACCCCCCAUCCAGAUGGGCAGCCUGGUCACCCAGGAGGGCCCCCUUCAGGACAGCCUGGCCAGUCCCAGCAGCCGCAUUAACUCCUCCCCUGACAACGGCAGUGAGAAUCUGUCAGCUGUCCCCUUGUCUCGCAAAGAGAAAAAUGCCAUCCUGACCGGGACCAAGUGCAUCUCGGUGAAGGCCGCCAGGAGGCGCUCGAGGGCGCUGGACCCUGAGGGCCGCCAGCUACUGGUCCCCAAGCCUGAGCGCAGCAGCCUGUCCCUGCACUCCCUGAGUGAGGCUGACGACUCUCAGGCCCCGGCACCGCUGGCCUGCAAGCGGCCACCCAGCCCCACACUGCAGCACGCGGCCAGUGAGGACAACUUGUCUAGCAGCACCAGUGAGGCCCCGCCAAGGGCGGCUGGGCUGGGGGGCGGUGACGGCCUGGGGCUCUGGCUUCGAGGCCAGAAGAAAAGUCUCAGCAAGAAACGGGAGUCAUCGCUGGAGGCAAAGAGGAAGCGAAGGUCCCAGCCCUUUGAGGUCAUGAGGCAAGGGAUCUCCCGUCCCAAGGCCCACCCCCUGGGACCCCGUGCCACCGACAGCAGCUCCGACCCCAGAAUGCCAGUGUGCGGGCACCCAACCCCGGCUCUGCGGCACCUGGGCAAGGCCACGCUGCCCUUGGCCAAAGUCAGACUUCCUCCAGGCCAGAAUGCAGGCCCCGGGGAGGCCUCGCCACUCGUUCCUGCCAGUGCAGCAGCUGGCGCCCCCCGACGUACUGUCCGGGGAUCCCACGCGCCCCACGGCACGAGCACCCACGUCAAGGAUGGUUGUUUCCGGCGUCACUGAGCGAACCUGCCUGGAACUUGGUCCUCUAGUCCCCCAGACUGAAUAGCAGG